AAUGCUUCGCAUUCAGUUUUUAAUCCUAGUCGGCUUAACGUUAUCCUCAAGCAAUAAACAUAAUCUUAGAGUGCCGCUUUAUUCCAGGGGCAUCCCGAUUCCCAGCGUAUUUCUAUCGGGAAACUCAUCCGUGGGAUUGGAGAGGAUCCAUUUGCUGCUACAAAAUCGUCAAAACGUUGAAUAUUUCGGCCACAUUUCCAUGGGAACGCCAAGGCAGAAUUUUACUGUGAUCUUUGAUACGGGCUCCUCGAAUACUUGGUUUCCAUCCUCAAAUUGUCCGAAAAGUAAUGUAGCUUGUCAAAUGCACAGAAGAUAUGACUCUUCCCGAUCCAGUACAUAUGUUCCGGACGGCCGAAACUUUACAUUGUGGUACGGUUCUGGCAAUGUACUUGGCUAUCUGUCCCAGGAUACGGUCCAUUUUGCAGGAGCUAAGCUACCAGGCUUAAUUUUCGGAGAGACCUUGAUUCAGCAGAACUUUGAAUUUAAUUCAGUGACCUUUGACGGCUUGGUUGGAUUAGGCCUAGGGGUUUUGGCCUGGAAAAAUACUACGCCCUUUUUAAGACUACUCUGCUCUCAGAAUUUAGUGGAAAAGUGCAUGUUCUCGGUUUAUCUUCAACAAAGUUCUACAAACGAAUCCAAAGGUGGCGAAAUUAUUUUCGGUGGCUUUGAUAAAUCGCGAUUUAAAGGAAACUUGCAUUUCGUUCCUAUAACAAAUUCGAAUUAUUGGAAACUAAAAAUAUCUCAAGUGUCUGUGAAAAGUAAACAUAUUUGUGGCGAAAUGGAUGCUCUUUUAGAUACGGGAACAUCGCUUAUUUUGAUGCCACAGAAAACGUAUGAUGAUUUACUCAAAGUCCUAUCGUUUGAAAUGGAAGGUGGUAAUUAUCUAUUAAGUUGCCACAGCAAUAUAAUGCCAGUGGUGCAGCUUAUGAUUGGCGGAAAGGCUUUUUUUUUAACACCCGAUGAUUACUUGAUGGAGGUAAACGACGGAACAAGAAACGUUUGCAUCCCUUCCUUUGCUCCAAUUAAAAAAAAUUUUUGGGUUCUGGGCGAUAUAUUUUUAUGGCGCUAUUAUACGGUAUACGAUGCAACGGCUCAAAAAAUUGGCCUGGCAGAGGCGGUAAUAGACAUUGAAUAAAUAUUGAAUAUUAUUGAUUUGAAUAACACGGAGGACUUUCGGCUAAAAACCCUUUGAAUAACGGAUAUUUAU